CCCCUGUAAGUGUAUAUUAUGGUGCUGUUCUCUGCAGCCAGCUGAUGAAAGCCGUGCCUCAGUCAGGAUAAAAUGUCAGAGGGGCUCAAGGCAAAACACGGCUCCUCGCUCGCGCCGCAGACCUUCAUCCCGCUGAUGUGUCUUAGCUGGGUUUUAAUUUCUUCCAGAGCACAAGAAAUCGAAACUCAUCAGACCAGGCAACAUUUUUCCAGUCUUCAACAGUCCAAUUUUGGAGAGAAUGUGGACUGUAAUUUGGGAUCGUCUAGGAAACAGACAGAAAAGGAAGACUGCGGACAUUAUGAAAUAAUAGUCCCUCAUCUUUUGAAUGGUGAACAGUGGAAGCCGAUAGGUACCAUCUUUCCCAAGGGUCCUGCAUCAGCACUGAAAUUCCUGCUAAGAUCUAAAGAGGGAGAACUGCUGCUGAAUGUGGAAAGAAAUGAGGGAUUGUUUGCUAGGAACUUCACUACAACCCACUACAUGGAAGAUGGGACUGCUGUGAUCACGGCGCACAACCACACGGAUCGCUGCUACUAUCACGGAGAGGUAGAGGGAUAUUCUGGCUCAUCUGUCAGUUUAAGCGUCUGCUCUGGUCUCAGGGGAUUAAUUACACUUGAAAGCCAAGCAUAUGUCCUGGAGCCACAGGCUAAUUCUACAAGCAACCAUCUCUUCUACAAAGCCGAACAUCUCAAGCUGGCUCCUGGAUCCUGUAGCCAACAUUUUAACCUCUCAGGCGUUUCUCUAAACGACACGUUGCAGUACUCUGAAGGUUUUUUACAGCGGCACAAAAGAGACACCUCAAAGAUCACCAAGUAUGUGGAGCUCGUUAUUGUGGCUGAUAAUCGCGAGUUUCAGAGGCAGGGGAAAGAUGUGGAGAGAGUUAAACACAGGCUGCUGGAAAUGGCCAACUCCGUGGAUAAGUUUUUCAGGCAACUAAAUAUCCGGGUAGCUCUGGUUGGUGUUGAAAUCUGGAGUGAUGAAGAUAAAUGCGCCAUAACCCAAGAUCCUUUUACCAGCCUUCAUGAGUUCCUGGACUGGAGAAAACUGACAUUACUACCUCAGAAGCCCCAUGACAAUGCACAGCUAGUAAGCGGGGUGCAUUUCCAGGGUACCACCAUUGGCAUGGCACCAAUCAUGAGUAUGUGCACAGCAGACAAAUCAGGUGGAGUAGUUAUGGACUAUUCGGAUAACCCACUGGGAGGGGCUGUAACGCUCGCUCAUGAGCUAGGCCAUAAUUUUGGGAUGAACCAUGACACGAUGGAGAGAGGAUGCAACUGCAAAGGAUAUGACAAGGGAGGCUGCAUCAUGACCCCGUCUACUGCAUACCCAUUCCCAACAGUGUUCAGCAGCUGCAGCAAGAAAGACUUGGACACCAGCCUGGAAAAGGGAGUGGGCAUGUGUCUGUAUAACAUGCCUGAAGUCACAGAAUCAUUUGGAGAACAGAAGUGUGGAAAUGGAUAUGUGGAAGAAGGAGAACAGUGUGAUUGCGGAGAACCAGACGAAUGUACAAACCCUUGCUGCAAUGCCAGCACGUGCCUUCUCUACCCGGGAGCCCUGUGCGCUCAUGGACUCUGCUGUGAAGACUGCAAGCUGAAACCCGGUGGGACCCCAUGUCGAGAUGCCAGUAACUUCUGUGAUCUACCGGAGUUCUGCACAGGAGCCAGCGCACACUGCCCGGCUAACGUCUAUCUACACGAUGGUCACCCUUGUUACACGCUAGAUGGAUACUGCUAUAGCGGCAUGUGUCAGACUCAUGAACAGCAAUGUAUCACACUGUGGGGUCAAGGUGCGAAGCCCGCCCCAGGUAUUUGCUUUGAGAGAGUGAACUCUGCAGGAGAUCCCUAUGGAAACUGCGGGAAAGACAAUGCUGGAUCUUUUAUGAAGUGUGAAAGCCGAGAUGCUAAGUGUGGAAAAAUACAGUGUCAAGGCGGCGCAAGUCGACCCGUAAUUGGCACCAAUGCUGUCUCCAUAGAAACCAACAUCCCCCUGCAAGAAGGCGGAAAAAUUUUGUGUCGCGGUACCCAUGUAUAUCUGGGGGAUGACAUGCCAGACCCAGGGCUAGUACUGUCUGGGACAAAGUGCGGACAUGGAAAAAUUUGUCUCAAUCGUCAGUGUCAGAACAUCAGCGUAUUUGGCGUCCACGACUGUGCAGCUCAAUGCCACGGAAACGGAGUUUGUAAUAAUAAGAAGAAUUGUCAUUGUGAAGCUGAAUGGGCACCUCCAUAUUGUGACAGGCCAGGUUAUGGUGGUAGUGUGGACAGUGGACCUGUAAGAGUUUCAGAUCACAGAGGUUUAGUGAUUGGAGUGCUGGUGACGAUCUUCUGUAUAACGGCUGCUGCCUUCACCCUAUACCUCAAAAGAAGGACUGUAUUUAGAUGGAUUUUUGCAAAUAAGAAGAACACCAUAGAAAAAUUAAGGUCAGCGAGUCCAUCAAGAGCCGACCGCUCAAAUGAAGUUAAUCAAGAAUAUAGCGCAAAGCUGUGCAAACAGUCCUCGCAGGUCCAGGAGAACCGAAAACUUCACAGACCACAUUGUUAUCCACCGGUGGACAUUAGUUAUCCAAUAGGAAUACUUGAAUCCCCUGAGAGCAAUGUCCACCAGAAACCACAAUGUCCACCUUAUCCCAUCCAGAAAAAUGUGACUGCUCGACCCCUUCCAGCAAAACCAUCUCUCCGAAACAUGCAGGGAUCGUACAUACCCAGCCCUCCGCAGAAGCCACUGCCGGCAGAUCCUUUGAAUAAGAAUACCCGGUCGGAUGGUGCCUCCAGCUCCAUGUAUGAUCAAGGAGCCGUGCCUCAGAUCACUCCUGUGAGACCCGCUCCGAAGGUCCCACCACAUCGACCCAUCUUUAAGCCGGCCCACCUGAAGUGAGGAGCCAAGGCCUUGUGUGAAGUUUGCACUACGCUCUGACACAAGUUGGAGUCUGUUUACUGAGUCAACUGAACUUUAUAAAAUUUCCUAAAACUGUAAAAGACGUAUCCUACAAAAGGACUGAGCUGUCGCCUUUGGUGCUAUGCUGUAUGUAGUUGCUCAGGUACUUGUAAAUUAUUAAUUUAUGUCGAAUAUUUAGUACAGUGCAGUGCAUUGCACUAGGUAUAUUUAACCAAAGAUGACUUUCCAAAGAAGGGAAAUAUUUUUCUAACGUCUAGUACACUUGAAAUAUUUUACCAUUUUCUAGUAUACUGUAUGGAAGGAGGUCUUCAUAUGUAGGCGUCAAUAAGCACGGUCAGAACUGGAGGUUUUGUUUGUAAAAUCUGCACUCUUUUACCAUUUUUAAGCAUUUACAGUGAGCAUUUAGUCAAUAAAGCAUUUGGUAGAGACAAGUAUAUUGCUGUAUGUUACAAUGUAUCAACGCUAUGUCAGUCUGUAUUUUAUAUGCUAUAAUUCCAGUAGUGGAGCGACACGUUUCACAAGCUGGUGAGGUGCUAUGGCAAUGAUUGUACCUGCAACGUCUGCACUGACUGGAGGCAGAAUCUCCUACAUCCAGGAGGAAAUAUCCACUUUUGAAUACAAUUUUAUUUUUUCAAUCCAUAUAGGUUCAACAUUUUUUAUAUAUCUUUAUCCUGGUCGGUGCAGUGUUUUCCUGAUACAGAGCUCCAAAUCCCCUGCAUAGACAUAGAUAACAUUCUGGCUUCCAGUGGCCACCACUAGAGGGAACACAUGAGUAUUCUGCAUACUAACCAUAUAUAAAACUAAAUAAAACAGCAUGCAAUAAGCUUCCUCUAGUGGCAGACAGCCAGAAUGGUGAAAUCAGACCUAUUUACAAAAAAAUGGCUUUUUGCACCCAGCCAACAAUAAACAAAGGGGGAAGCUGAACUUUAAGGGUGCCUGUACUCCUUGCAGCUAAUCCAUUAUGACCACCACUAAUUUCCAUUCUUCAUCUGUACAUGAAGCUCAGUAGUUGUCAUCUAAAUGCAGCUCAGCUACAUCUGUGGGUGCCUGAAGGCUACCUGCACACUUUGCGGAUUUUCAAAUGGAAAAAUGGCAG